AUGGUGUCUGCAGCAAAAAUCAUAUAUCUUGUUGCCAUAGUCACAGCUGUUGUAUGUGCUGUCAUAGCAUUAGCAAUAAGUCCAUUUAUGAAAAAUGAUGGUUUGGUGACUACUUCACAGAAAGUCAAUUUAUCAUUUAUAAUCAUUGGUACUGUGCUUUUAAUUGUAGCGGCAAUACUUGUAAUCAUUACAUUUAUUAAAUAUGACACUAUGGUGUUUAUGAUUGUUAUAAUUGUAUUAUUGGGAUUAGCAAUUUUAUGCUUUAUCAUUGCACUUGUUGUGAUUGACAUGAAUCCGAGAUAUUUAGGUUGGUUGUUAGCAGCUUUAUGGGUAACAUUUUUAUGCUUAUUAAUCGCUAUAAUAAUAUGGAUUACAAAUACCGAUUAA